AUGGGACUCGCCAUGUUCAUUGCCCUCUGUUGCCUUGGAAUCUUGAUCAUCAAUCCUUUUUUGGGAGUCAGGGCUGCAUCAUGCACAAGAGGCUGGCUGCAGAAACAGGGGAACUGCUAUGGCUAUUUUGAUGAGAAACUAAGUUGGGAUGCUGCUGAGUUGGAGUGCCAGAGUUUUGGUCCUGGAUGUCAUCUUGCCUCUAUCCUCAGCAUCCAAGAGUCUGCACUUGUGUCUGCAUACAUCAGAGAUAAGCAGCGAGUACGUAGCAAUGUCUGGAUGGGACUACAUGAUACCUCUGGGCAACAAAGAAGGCGAUGGAGAUGGGCUGAUGAAUCCACCUUUAAUUACAAAGCCUGGUCAGCACAUCAGCCAGACAACCGUAAUAAUAAUGAACACUGUGUGGAAGUGACACAUUCAUCACGUUUUAAAUUGUGGAACGAUGGGGUAUGUGCCAAUCAAAAUGCUUACGUCUGUAAGUACCAGCUGUAGACUCACCUGGAUGAAAGCAGCUGGGAUGCAUCCGGAACCAGCUACAAAAAAACUGCAAAU